AUGAUUAUUCCCCUUCGUUAUCGUCGACGUAUCACCGUUAUCCUCGCGCUGCUCGGAUUAUUUCUCCUAUACCAUUUCGUCUCGAUCCGACCGGACCUGCAACGACCGCUCUCCGCCAUCCGCAGCAAUGGGCGCCAGCAGCAAUCACAAAAUCCGGAGUGUCCGUCGCUUCCUGGGAUCGAAGACGUCCUGGUGGUAAUGAAAACCGGCGUGACCGAAGCCCUCGACAAAGUCCCCGUGCACUUCGAGACCACUCUGCGCUGCGUCCCCAACUACGUGAUCUUCUCUGACUUCGAGGAGGACAUUGCGGGCGUGCGCGUGCACGACGCCCUGCGCAAUAUGGACAGUGAGGUGAAGCGCACGGUGCCAGACUUCGAUCUCUACAAUCGGCUGCAGAAGCUCGGACGGCCCGGCCUGGAAACGCAGGAUUUCGCCGACGAGGCCAACUCCGCCAUCGGGAAGCCCAACAACCGGGGCUGGAAGCUGGACAAGUGGAAGUUCCUACCCAUGAUCCAGGAGACGUUGCGCUACAAGCCCGACGCCAAAUGGUACGUCUUCAUGGAGGCGGAUACGUACUACUCCUGGCCCACACUGCUUGAGUGGCUGGCGCAUUACGACCCGUCCAAAGCGCUCUACAUCGGCACCGAGACCCAGAUUGCGGACGUCAUUUUCGCCCACGGCGGCUCCGGCUUUGUCCUCUCCCAGCCCGCGCUCCAGCUCGCCGCCGACGAGUACGCCGGCCGCACCGUCGAGCUGGACAUGUUUACCGACGGCCACUGGGCGGGCGACUGCGUCCUCGGCAAGGUCCUGCUGGACGCCGGCGUCCCGCUCACAUUUUCGUGGCCCAUUCUGCAGAACUCCAACGUUGGCGAACUUGACCCCUUCACCAAAGGCUUCUACCGGCAGCCCUGGUGUUUCCCUGCUGUCGCGUUACACCACCUUUUACCGCAGGACAUCCGGAACCUGUGGCAAUUUGAACAGCGCCGAUGGAAGUCCCGCAAACGCCUCCUCCUCCACUCCGACAUCUUCAAAGAACUCAUCUACCCCGAACUCUCCAAUGUCCGCGACGGCUGGGACAACCUCGCCAGCGACGAACAACCCUCCGCCACCUCCUUCCACGAAUGCCAAUCCCUCUGCCUCAACGACCUGUCCUGCACCCAGUUCGCCCUCCGCGACGGCGCUUGCUUCACCGGCAAGUCUCCCCGGCUCGGCGUGCGACGGCCCCAGGUGCGGUCCGGCUGGGUCAUGAAGCGGGUCGAGCGGAUGUUGGCCGGGGCGCCGUCGUGUCCGAAGCCCGAUUUUGGCGUUUGA